AUGAUGUCAUUGUUAGGAGGUUCGAUCAGACGGUUGACCUCGUGUGGACACUCUCGCUUUUUCACCACCUCAACGGCGGUUUCGGACGUCGCCCAUGUUUUCAUCGGCGCCUGGGUGGCGCAAUUCUGGACCCUGUCUGGCCUCCCCUCACCUCGGCAACAGCUUCGGACGUCGCUCACGCCUUCAUCGGCCCGUGGGUGGCGUACUUCUGAACCCUGCCUGGCCUCUCCACUAACCGACGGCUCACGGUUCGCCUCGACGGCGGCUUCGGAACGUCUGCCAUGCUGUCAUCGGCGCCUGGGUGGCGCACUUCUGGACCCCGUCUCGCCUCUCCUCUGUCCACGGCUCCUUCCUCCCGGGGAGACUGCUCCUGCCUUCCAGGGAUACCGCUCCUUCCUCCCGAGGACUUCGUGCCCGCCGCUGCUGUGCCCUAGCCUGCGGCCGGGCAGCGCUCCUCCCUGCUGGGGACCACCGGGAUAUUCACACCCGUCCCCACGUCGCAGCACAGCGACCCAGCUUUCUGCGGCUGGCGGAUGUUUUCUUUGUUCGCCACGACGCCUGCCGUGGCCCCCUUACAACGGCCCGUUCCUUGGCCUUCCCCCCACCCCCCGUGGAGAUGCCCUCGCCCUCGUUAGGGCCUCUACCCUCGCCUGCGUUUUCUCAGAAUCAAAGAGCCAGGCUCCUCAGAAACACUAUGAUGGUAGAGCGAGUUUCUCCAAUUCGGACUAUUACUCCAAAGACACAUCUCAGAACAAGUUCUCCUCGCAUAAUGACCAUAGGCAACAAAGGAAUGACAGACCGCCUCGCUUCCACAGGGAUGUUGAUUUUCCAAAACCUGGCCAGGAGCCCAUCUCUAGCUCUCCCACCUCACAAACAUCGGCUCAGGCCCAGCAGUGGAAGGGCCAGGAGAGAUGGUCCCGAGGCACAACAGACAGAUCGCAUAAUGACAGGAGAGAGAUGAGGGAUGAGAAAACAUAUCCUUCAUCUUUCUCGGCUACUUUCCCACAUCCAAAAGAACCUCAGCAGCAAAUGGAGUUUAGCGGAUCUUCCCACCAACGAUCGAGGAAUGGAGAUGGUGGUGGCGGUGGGAAUAUGUCUGGACCGCCUAAAGGGAGAGGUGUUAGAGACAACGCACCCACAUCUAAACUGUCUGAUUCUGCAGGCAGUGAGCCAGAUGGAAGAGGAAAUAAUAAACGCACAGACAGAUUUGAAGAACAAAACAACAACAGGAGGAAGGGCAAGACUGAGCGGCCAAACACAGACCACUUUGACCGACAAAGGGACAGUGGGCCACCUAACCUCAACCUGAGGGGCGGGAGCUCAGGGUCAUCCCAAGAAGUGGGCUUAAAGCGGGAUUGUCAAAUUGCGACAGGGGAUCCUUCUCGUUUCCAAAAUGGAGACAUGGAACACAAAAGAACUGGGCCAAUAAAGCCAUUAAUUUCAUUAGUCCCCCCAAACAGGGAGCCCCCCCCCAACAGGGAACCGCCCGCCAAGAAAAACGUUUUGAAUAACCCAGGACCUAAUAAGAAAAGGCAAGGACCAGGCAAAGGUCAAAGUCCUCGCGGAUCAGAGAAAAGUCAUUUUGUGGAUCAGGUCUGGAAAUCUGGAGACAAGUGCCUGGCUCUGUACUGGGAGGAUGGCAAGUUCUACCAUGCCAGAAUAGAUGCUGUGCAUCCGUCAGGCACCACGGCUGUGGUUGUGUUUAGUGAAUAUGGAAACUGGGAAGAGAUCGAGCUGCAUAACAUCAAACCGCUUCCUGCUGAUGCAUUGGAGGAAGAUGAUGGUUACUACGACAGUUCACUCGAAUUUCGCCCAGGGGGAGACGGACAGCCUCGUCGCACAAGACCCACUCAGCAGUAUUACCAGCCUCCUAGGGCACGAGACGAGACUGAUGUGUCUGCGUUUACACUGGAAGGUAAAUGAAAAGGAAAUGGUGGUUAUUUUCCUUUAAUAAUAAAACAUCAAACAUUGUGUGUACAAUGUGUGAACACAGUUCCUAUUUUUAAAAGGAGACUUUUUAUUCCUAAUAUUUCCUUCAUUUUGGUGGGAGUCUUGAAUUGUAAAAUAAAUGUGAAAGUAUGGACUGUAGGAAAGUAAUUUGAAGGCAUUACUGUAACCUUGCAUAAUUACCUGUAUAUAAUGUAUAAAACUAUUGCCGACCACAAUUAAAUAAACUCAUGCUCUUAUUUCUAUGUAGAAAUUGAUUUUAUAUAAUUGUAUAAUGUCAACUUUCACUGCUUCUGUUGUUAAAUAUCAUUAUGUACAAACUGAUCACAAUGUCUUCAGCAGUUGUGAAACCAAAUCAUCCCCAAAAUGCAAACAUGCUUAAUUUUGAUAAAUUAUUUAAUAAUUUUCUUUGUCUUAACUUGUUUGUGUGCUUGUCCCACAUCCUUCCAUGACAGAGACUAAGUCACUUUCAAAACAAUCCAGAGUGCUUCCUGAACUUUUUAAUUGUCCACAUCUACAGGGCAUACUGAACUUUUCAAAGGGCUUAGACAAAAUGCAAAAAGAAAACUGACAUGGGCACCUGUUGAUUUUGUUAAAGACAUAUCUUCUGUAUAUUUUGUGAAAACUUGUGAAAUGGAUGCAUGUAAAUAAACAAUUAUUAUAGUAUGUA